GCUAUAAAUACAGACAUCUGUUGAAGGCUAAUCAAAUUGUUAGCAGCAAUUACAUCGAAAACAACUUAAAUCAUGUCAGUCAUUCCAUCACAAUUAGUAAUCCUAACAGGGGAUCCCGUCAAUUCUCCAAUUCAUACGGCUUUGAUAAUCAUGAGAGAGCUGUUUGUAUUUGGUGUCAAAGAUAUCUCAUUGAAGAAAGACAGGAUUUUUGUCAUGCUGUCAUACACACCAAAUUCAAAACAUCUGAAAAGAAAAAUUGUAAAUCUUCCAAUCCGCUACAUGCGUACAAAAAUUCAAUCAGAGGAAGAAUUCCAAAAAGUGGAAGAAGCGGUAAAAAGAUACCGCUUCAACCUACUUGACGAAGAAUACGAGGACUUCGAAAAACAGCAACAAAUCCAGACAACUUCAGGUAUAAAGAGAACGCUCUACAUCCAGGGAACAGACCAAUUAGCAGGUAAAAAAUCCAAACCGAGUACAAGUACAAGCAGUACUCCUGUGGUGGAGUUGAACGAUCAUGACUAUGAGGACAUAGAGCAUUUUCUAACUCAGAGGACACCACAAUGAACAUAUAACUAUUAUAUAUUUCAUUUCAGAUCCUCUGAUGUAUGGUCCUCUGAGGAGUAGAGAGAAGGGAGAGAUAGAACUUUAAUUAUAUAAAAUAAACCUAUUAAAUAUAAUGUAAGUUAAUUAAAAAUAAAAUUAAAAAAUAAAUUAAUUAUACAGGGUGUCCCGAAAAGAAUGGUCAUAAAUUAUACCACACAUUCUGCGGUCAAAAAUAGUUCGAUUGAACCUAACUUACCUUAGUACAAAUAUGCUCAUUAAAAAAGUUACAGCCCUUUGAAGUUACAAAAUGAAAAUCGAUUUUUUUCAAUAUAUCGAAAACUAUUAGAGAUUUUUUAUUGAAAAUUGACAUGUAUCAUUCUUAUGGCAGUAACAUCUUAAAACAAAAUUAUAGUUAAGUUUGUCCACCCCAUAAAAAUUUUAUGGGGGUUUUGUUCCCUUAAACCCCCCAUACUUUUGUAUACGUUCCAAUUAAUUCAUUAUUGUGGUAUCAUUAGUUAAACACAACAUUUUUAAAACUUUUUUGACUCUCAGUAUUUUUUCAAUAAGCCAGUUUUUAUCGAGAUGCGGCUUCUUUUUUAAUAUAUUUACAUAAAAAUUUUAUGGGGGUUUUGUUCUUUUAAACUCCCCAAAUGUUUGUGUACGUUCCAAUUACACUAUUAUUGUGGUACCAUUAGUUAAACACAGUGUUUUUAAAACUUUUUUGCCUCUUAGUCUUUUUUUGACAAAUCACCUUUUAUCGAGAUAUGGCUUCUUUUUCAAAAUAUACCUAAAAAUGUAAAUUAUAAAUACAUUUUCAGGUUAUUAACAGGUCUCUAUAAUCGUACUUAACCAUAUACAAAUAUGUGGUGGAUUCGACAAAUAUUCAAAAUAGGUCGAUAAACACUGGCUUAUCAAAAAAGUACAAAGGGGCAAAAAAGUUUUAAAAACAUUUUGUUUAACUAAUGGUGUCACAAUAAUAAUUUAAUUGGAACGUACACAAAAGUUUGGGGGGAUUUAAAGGAACAAAACCCCCUUAAAAUUUUUAUGGGGUGCAAAAAUUUCACUUUAAUUUUUUUUUAAGAUGUUGCUGCCAUAAUAAUUCCACCUGUCCAUUUUCAAUGAAAAAUCUCGAAGGGUUUUCGACAUAUGAAAAAAAAUCGAUUUUCAUUUUGUAACUUCAAAGGGCUGUAACUUUUUUUGUGUGCACUAUUGUAUAUAGGUAAGUGAGGUUCAAUCAACAUAUUUUUGACCCCAGAAUCUGUGGUAUAAUUUAUGACCAUUCUUUUCGGGACACCCUGUAUAAAAUAAACCUAUUAAAUAUAAUGUAAGUUAAUGUUGAAUAUAUUAGGUUAAUUGUAAUAAAAUACUUUUUAAUGUUA